AUGGCCCACAGUCUGGAUAAAGAUAUACAUGGGAGGACAGCACAGCAGGCAUUAGUGCGGCGUGAACGGGAGCGUGUAGUUUCUCAGGUCAUUGAUGGAGUUGUCGUUACAGCAGAUGCACCUGAUACACCCGCUCCAGUCGGACCUUCUCCAUUUGAUAUACCCGCUCCAGUCGGGCCUCCUCCAGCCGUUACACCUGCUCCAGCCGAACUUUCUCUAACCGUUACACCCGCUCCAACCGGGCCUUCUCUAUCUGUUCCACUCGACUUUCCUUCCCCAUCUACUACUACACCACAGAGGCCUCGCGAUGAUGUUGAUGCUGAGGGUUCCUCACAUAUGCCACCCCCUGCAGACGUCGUCGGGGCACUUCUUCUACUUCUACUUCGGUUCCGUUUGAAGAGAUAG